AUGGGGUCAUUAAGUGGUGCACUAUCUGGUACAUUGCCUGGCACACUAUGCGGUAAACUAUCUGAUACACUAUGUGGUUCACUAUCAGUUGGUACAUUAACUGUAAUAUUGUAUCGCAAUUGUAUCGCAAUUACCGCAGCUACCGCAGAACAAUUACAAAUAUCUCCAAAUUACACAAAUUACACAGGUGCCUCUAUACCUCCACGCAAACACUCCACAUUACACAAGUGCCUCUACAUACCUCCAAAAAUUACUUUGAGAAAUAAUAUCAUGGAAAUUAUUGUAAUAGGUAGUAUAUUGAAAAUAGCUGUAGAAGAAGAUGGCUGGAAAAGUAUUGUUAAGAAAGUAUUUGUAUUAGGAAGUAGUGAUAUACAACUUAAUAACUCUGAAAGGAUUGAUCUUCAAAGUGAAGGCAUAAGAAGAUUAUUGAGAUCUUUAAAUCUGGUAUCAUCUUUAGAUCUUACUAGAUAUGAUAUUAGGAACAUGAAUGAUUUGAGGUUACUUUCUCAAGUCAAAAGUAAGCUUUUAAAUUAUACCCGUGAAUUUCCGUCGCUUAAGCUAUCAAGAGGUACAUGCACAUGGACUGAAUUCAAACCCUACGCUCGCCGCCACUUCCGUGCCUUUAAAGAUUAUCUUCGUGAACAAAACCCUCCAAUUGAUGCGCCUGCUAAAAUGAU